AUGUUCAAUGCUGGGAGAUACUUCAGAGCAAGGUACUACUACUACAAGAAGAAGAACAUUUUUCAUGUAAAGGGGAACAGACAGUUUUAUGGAUUCGCCAAAAGUAGGAGGGUACAGACAAAUGCCGUCAAGAGAAAAGAUAGAAUAAGAAGGGGGAAGUUUUUACAAUUGAAGGAAAAGCUGCAACUCAUCAUUUUCAGCUCUGUGUACUUUUUUGCGUGUGACUAUGUUUACCACGUGUAUGUGCUGAGUGGCAACACCAGCAAAACCGCCAACCGUGCCUCCAACCAUGGCGGCGAAGAGGGGGGGAAUGAUCCAAAAUGCAAAGACGAACACGCCGGUGGCCAGGGGGGGGUUGGCACAACCAUGAUGGAGUAUCUCCAAAGGAUGAACAUAUUUUCCAGUGUACAUGGAAAGGGUGGUGAACAUUUAAAGCAACAGGACGGUGAACGUAGGAGACAAAAUGACGGCCACAAAAUGGAACCUCAAGAAGGUUUCCAUAAAAAGGAUCAUCUUUCCAGCGGCAGAGGUGACGUAAGAAUAUGCAGCGUAUGUGAGGAAGACCCAUAUGAAAUAAAGAUAAAUCGCGUUAAGCGAAGCAAUCGGAAGGAGGAAAGUAAUCAAACGGGAAAACCUGACCAAUAUGGCCAAUCAUUCUAUGGCGCAAACCAGAGAAACCAAAUUUCUAGCCACGAUCGGAGUGGCAGUGGGCGAAACCACCCUAACAAUGGCACACCCCCCCAGAGAAACAGCAUUGGGGGAGAGGAAAAAAACAUGAAAAGUCUAAUAAUCAGUAACUUCCAUCGGAAUGAUCUUUUCAACUGGUGCAACUUAUUUCUGUUCGCGAACGGGGUUGUUUUCUUAUGUUGGCGUCUAAGCGAAAUCGCAGGAAAUAAAAAACUUUUCCACUUCAUGUGCAGGAACUUUAUCUGCUCAUAUGAAAAUAUUAGAAGAAAAUAUUACCACACGAUUUUUACAGCCACCAUUAGCCACAUCACUCUUCCCCAUUUUUUAUUUAACAUGUGGGCAUUUCAUACCAUAAGUAACACCCUGUUGAGUCCAGAAAUUAAAGAGAACAAAACAAAUUAUUAUUUUUUUUUUAAUUAUAAAUCCAGCGUUUUGGAAAAAAAAAUGACAGAUAGGGAUAUCAUGAAAAUAUGUGUCUUAUCUUCCAUCGUUUCGACUGUCCCGUAUAUUUUUUUACAUAGAGCCAAUCAACUGCUAGGAGCAUCUGGAGCUGUUAUGGGUCUUGUGUACAUUCUGUCCACAGUUAAACCAAACGAGGUGUUCGUCUCCUUGUUCCCUCUUCCAUACUUAAAGAUGACUUCCCUACAGCUAUGCCAUCUGUCCAUUCUAACCAAUUUUGUAUUUCUUUUUUAUAGAAGAAACCAUUUCAACAUUGCGUGGUUAGCACAUUUAUUUGGUUUAAUGGGUGGGGCAUUGUAUAAUUUGUACCAGAGGAGAAAAAACAGUAAUAGGAAUUACUACCCCUUUAUUGAAUUGUCCCUAAAAAAUGGCCCCCUUGAUUAUCUCAAUUCUUACCUAGACUUUCUGGAUUUUCUUAAAUGUCUGCAGCUGCAAAUUAGGAUCUUCUUUUCCCUCGACACACGCGCCAUGGAAAGCAUGAACAGGAAAAUCAGCUACAUUAAAAAUAUGCAGUCCCAGAGGCGCAUGAAGUACCACAUGCUGAAGGUUAAGAAUUUGGAGACCAUGUCCAAGUGA